AUGGAGGACCACUACAAUUAUUCUGACUUCCACCACUACGGCGUGCCGGGCCAGCUUCCAAUUGCGCACGAGGUCGAUGUGCAGUAUUAUCCUCACCACGAUGCCAAUGUGAUGGCGGCUCCUAUGCCUGAUGCUAUGAUGGGAUGUGUUCCCGUUACGACGGAUGUCGCGGUCAAGGGCGCUCCGUUUCCUCCGUUCGAUCCAUUGAGCUAUCCUCCACCCCCGUCUCCUGCAGACAUGGGAUACUGGUGCCCUCCUUCGCCCUUUGACGAGAGCAUACGCAGCGUCUCACCUCAGACGGACUGUCAGAGCAAUUACAUGCCCGCUCUCAGCUAUGACGACUCCACGUCAUGCGCAUCUGGCUUUGAGAGCUCGCCCUCUCCUUCAUACCCCGAGUUUCCAAUGACUCUGUACAAGCAAGAACCAAUGAGUCCUACCGAGUCAACCCACCCAAUGCCUCAACAGAACCACAUGUUCCUACAAGUAUACACCCCAGCUCCCCACCAACCCAGCAAGUACACCAACCCCGCCGAACGCGAAGCCUCCAAACCCACUCGCAAGUCUUCAUCCCGCAAAGAUAACACCCGAACCCGCGUCCAGAAGCGCACCAGCAAGUCCCCCAAAAAGACCCCCGCCAAAUCGAACCGCACCGAAGCAGCCACAACCUCCAAACAACCACCCAAGAAGACAGCCGACCGCCGCUUCGAAUGCUGCUUCGCCCGCUACGGCUGCACAAGUACCUUCCCCUCUAAGAACGAAUGGAAGCGCCACGUGAGCUCCCAGCACAUCCAGCUGGGCUUCUACAGAUGCGACGUCGGCCGGUGCAGCUUGAAUAACCACUCGCCAUCUACGCAUCACCCGCGAACACCCACCUCCCCCUCCCACCACCAUACACCUCGACGGCCAACCCUCCUCGUCAACGACUUCAACCGCAAGGACCUCUUCAUCCAGCACCAGCGCCGCAUGCACGCCCCCUGGACCACAAACCCAGCCAACCCCAACCCUUCGUCCCGCAAGGACUCAUCCACAUCUCAGGCUGAGAAGGACACCUUCGAAGCUUCCCUCGACACCGUUGUCAAGCGAUGCUGGCGACAACUCCGGGAACCGCCUACACUAAGUCACUGCGGGUUCUGCGCCAUGGAAUUCCGCGGUGCGAACGCGUGGAAGGAGCGCAUGGAGCAUGUGGCUAGACACUUCGAGAAGAGAGACCCAGGCCCCGAGAGGGAGGAUCUCCCGCUGAGGCAGUGGGCAGAGAAUAAUGGGGUUGUCAGGUUCGUGGAUGGAGAGUGGAAGUUGGCGAGUCUUUGUGGGAAGUGA